AAAUUCAUAUCAUUUAUUCGUUGAAAAUUUUUGGAACCAUGAAGUUCGUACUGUCUGUGUUUUUGGUGGCCCUAGUGGCCGGCAUUGUGGUUGCCGAUGAUAGCAAAGGUCCCAAAGUGACCGAAAAGGUUUUCUUUGACAUCACCAUUGGUGGGGAGCCCGCUGGUCGCAUUGAGAUCGGCUUGUUCGGCAAAACUGUGGAGAAGACCGUGAAGAACUUCAAGGAGCUGGCGGAGAAGCCACAGGGCGAGGGUUACAAGGGAAGCAAGUUCCACCGCAUCAUCAAGGACUUUAUGAUCCAGGGCGGCGACUUCACCAAGGGUGACGGCACCGGCGGACGCUCCAUCUACGGCGAGCGUUUCGAGGAUGAGAACUUCAAGCUGAAGCACUAUGGCGCCGGCUGGUUGAGCAUGGCCAACGCUGGCAAGGACACCAACGGCUCCCAGUUCUUCAUCACCACCAAGCAGACCAGCUGGCUGGACGGACGUCAUGUUGUCUUCGGCAAGAUCCUGUCCGGCAUGAAUGUAGUGCGCAAGAUUGAGAACGGUGCCACCGAUGCCCGCGACCGUCCCGUCAAGGAUGUGGUCAUUGCCAACAGCGGCAGCAUCCCCGUGGCCGAGGCCUUCUCCGUUGCCAAGACUGAUGCCACCGACUAAGAAAUGGCAGAUUUUAAUCAUCCCAUAAUAAAUUUAAUCAACUUGAACUACAUAAGUAAAUAUCAUAACUGUGCAACCAUCGAUUUUUCUCACUCAAACUCUUCAAUGUCCAGGAAGUUGAAGCUGCAUUUACCAUUUACGAGUUUUUUCCAAAAUUGUAGUGUAGUUUUUUCUUGUUCCGUAAGCAAAAACGCUCAACAACUAUUCAACAGCUCUACGUAAAGAAACCGCAUUCAUAUAAUAAAGAACAUUUUUUUGUGAUAAAA